AUGACCUCGCUCGUGACCAAGCUUGUCAUCGGCAAGCUGUUCAAGGAGUCAAAGUCCAACAAGCAGGGCUAUGAGGAUCCUUAUUUCGAAACCGUACCUGCCACACGUCUUGGUUUCAAGUCUAAGAAGAAGCUGCCGAAAGCGCACCCUCCCGGUCUGACCGAAAAAGAAGCUGCCAUCCUCACCAAGGCCAAGCGCCGCGCAUAUCGACUCGACCUUUCACUGGGUUCGUUUUUCGGCAUUCGCUGUGGCUGGGGCGCUGUCAUUGGCUUGAUCCCCGGUAUUGGUGAUGUCCUCGACAUGCUCCUGUGUCUGAUGGUAUACCGUACUAUCUGCAGCGUCGAGCCGAGCUUGGAUUCGAGCCUCAAGAUGAAAAUGAAAUUCAACAUCAUCAUCGAUUUCUUCAUUGGCCUCAUCCCGUUCGCCGGCGAUAUUGCAGACGCGGCAUACAAGUGCAACACGAAGAAUGUCAUUCUUUUCGAAAACGAGCUGCGCAAGCGCGGCAAGAAGCGGUUGAAGGGCACGCCUCAAGAGAACAUGGCGGAUCCCAGCUUGCCUGAUGAGUUCGACUACCAAGCUGAAGAAGAUGCGAGGACCAGGAACGGUCCACCGCCAAGAUACACGAGCCGCAGGGAUAGAGCACGCGGUGGAAGACGUGACGACUCUACCGUUGAUAUCGAAAGCGAAGCAGGCUACACUGAAAGUACUAUCGAGCCACCACGAAGGGUCAAGACCAACGACAGGCGCGAUAGGCGUGACCGGCGCGAUCGCCACUGA